CAGGGAGGGGGGAGGGGGUGGCACUGCCCCGGGGGUCACCGUGCCCCCCACCCCCCCAGGACUCCAGCCAGAUCGGGCUGCUGAAGGAGCUGCUGGACCUGCAGAAGGACAUGGUGGUGAUGCUGCUGUCCCUGCUGGAAGGCAACGUGGUGAACGGGACGAUCGCGCGGCAGAUGGUGGACAUGCUGGUGGAGUCGUCCAGCAACGUCACCAUGAUCCUCAAGUUCUUCGACAUGUUCCUGAAGCUGCGCGACAUCAUGGCCUCCGACGCCUUCCGCGAUUACGUGACGGACCCGCGGGGGCUGAUCUCCAAGAAGGAUUUCCAGAAGGUGCGGGCUUGGGAAGGGUUUCUUCUCCCAAGAGCAGCUUGGGGUUGGGUUGGGCGCUCUUGGAUGCCUGUUCCCACCAGAAUGACUCUGUAAUGGGGAUGGGGUGGUGGUUGGCGUUGGUCUGGACGAUCUUGGGGGUCUCUUCCUGCCCUUAAUGACUCUGAGUGGGAUGGGGUGAUGGUUGGCGUUGGGUUGGAUGAUCUU